AUGCUCAGAAUGCUCAAAUUUGCUUUUGGAGCCAUGCCCGGCCUUUUCGGCGGCUCCAUCUCUGUCCUCACUAAGAUCCUGGAGUUCUUGACUCUUGUCAAGGAUAUUCUCGAUGUCGUCAAAGACAUUGUCGCCAUUGUGAAAGAACUGAAGGGCCAACCUCGAUGGGGCCAUCAAAUAAGUACUCUUUCCGCUAUUCCACACCUUUCACAACCAACUUAUCAACUCUUUCUUGGAUUCUUCAAAGCUCUGCCCUCCGCCGAGAGCUCCUUUGUUUCGGUGUUCAUUCUGCAUGCUUCGAUUAUUUCUGGGGGGACGGGGAACAAGAAGGAAGGUUAA